GACCAGUGGGUGUCAGUAAUGUGUAUUAACCAUCCCUCCACUUACAGCGGAAGCAAAUGAUCGUACACAACGCUGGCGCAGAGCACACGUGGGUACACACAAGUUUCUUGGAGUGAUGUGCUUGAGUAGUUUAUAGUAGAUAAACAUGUCGAAAAGGCAGAGAGUUGUGUCAGACGAAAAGCCCGGUCCUGAUGUGGAACACACAGAGGAGGAGAUUCCGGAGACAAGACGGACCCGCAGUGGCCGCAAAGUGCGCACUCCAGCCGCACUGCUGGACUCCGAAGUCUCGGUGAGGACCCCUACCCGGAGGACGAGGAGGUCUGUUCUCCAAGAGCUGCCGGCGGAAGAAGAGAAAAACACCGAAGAGCCAGCGCCGGGACCCGAGAGUCUUUCCGAGGAAAAGGACAUUAUGUCUGCCGAGCCAGAGCCGUGUACAGUCCCUGAGCCUGCGGAGCCCUGCACGGAGGCUGUAGCACAGACACACAGCAACGACGUCAAUGUGAGCGAAGACGCGCAUCUGUCCGGGCCUACACCAGCAGAAACGGUACCCACAACCAUCGAAACCAUCCCCAAUAAGAAGCCUCGUUUGGGGUCAGCCGGGAAACCAAACUCAGCCGUGCCGCUGGGGAAACCCAAAUCAGGGAGAGUGUGGAAGGACCGCAACAAGCAGAGGUUCUCUGCUCUGGUGAGAGAUAAACCAUUGUGCUCUUCUUGGGAAAAGAAGAUGGAGGCCAAGCGGGACAAGCAGCUGGUGAAACAGUACACUUUGCAGCUUAAAGAGGAGAAAGCCAGACAGAAAGAAGAAAAGAGGAAAAGGAGAGAAGAGAACCUGAAGCGCCGUGAAGAGAACGAACGCAAAGCCGAGAUCGUUCAAGUGAUCAAGAACACAACAAAGAUUAAGAGGAUGAAGAAGAAACAGCUGCGGAAGAUUGAGAAGAGAGACACGCUGGCUCUGCUGCAGAAGUCACAGAUUGGAAAAGCCAAAGGACAAAAGAGUAAAAAGUUUGACAAAGAUCAAAAUCAAAAGACUGUGAGAUAAUAAAAGUGUUAAGUGCUUUUGCUACAUGUCUUAUACUUGGAUGCAUAAAUAUAACGAAAAUAAAUGUUAUUCAUACUGCAAAAUUAAAUUUCUACUUUAUGGACUCUC